UUAGCUGGGCAGUUUGAGUUGCUGUAGCAUAUGAAUGUAUUUGCUUUCCCGAUAUUGAAGAGCCUUUGGAUGACAUGAUUGUGCAUUUCGUAUAGGAGGAUUCUUUCGUUUCAAACCAUUUCCGCAAAAGUCCUGUCCUGCAUUUAGUGCUGAAUAGGCAAUGCGCUUUGGACUGCCUGCUACUGAAGGAUUGCAGGCUGGUGGACCUCUGAGGGCAUUCUUUGUGAUUGCGUUGCUUAGCGUGUUGACGCUCACGCUGCUGAGGACUGUGGGAUUGAGAGCGUUCUCCAUGGCGUCCGAGACCUACAUGUCGGGCACACACUCUGCUGCCUUUGUCACCUGCCCCAACGAACAGGUGGCCAAAGAUCUGGCCAGGGGAAUCGUUGAGAAGAAGCUGGCUGCUUGUGUCAACAUCGUCCCCCAAAUCACAUCUGUAUAUGAGUGGCAGGGGAAGAUCCAGGAGGAUGGUGAAGUUUUGCUGAUGAUAAAGACCAGAAGUUCUAAGGUUGCAUCUCUGGCAGAAUAUGUUAGGUCCAACCACCCGUAUGAAGUAGCAGAGGUCAUCAGCCUACCCAUAGAGCAGGGCAACCCACCCUACCUCAAGUGGCUUGGUGACACUGUACCAGAAUGAUGGGUGGAUGGAGAGAUGAAUGGAUG